GACUGCAUCCAAUUCGAAGAGGAGAGUUUUGGAGGCUAUUUUGUAAAUGACAUCUCCGAAGUCGAGGAUCGGUUGCAUGUUCAGUUUGAUGAGGGUAUGUUUGGCAGCAUGAGUGAAGGAUGCUUUGUUGCAAAAUAGGAAGCCAAUUCUAUAUUUCAUUAUGGAUUCUAGAUGCUUAAUGUGAGUCUGGAAGGAGAGUUUACAGUCUAACCAGACACCUAGGUAUUUGUAGUUGUCUACAUAUUCUAAGUCAGAACCGUCCAGAGUAGUGAUGCUGGACGGGCGGGCAGGUGCGGGCAGCGAUCGGUUGAAGAGCAUGCAUUUAGUUUUACUUGUAUUUAUUAAGAGCAGUUUGAGGCCACGGAAGGAGAGUUGUAUGGCAUUGAAGCUCGUCAAAAGGGUAGUUAACACAGUGUCUAAAUGUAACGGAUGUGAAAUGGCUAGCUAGUUAGCGGUGGUACGCGCUAAUAGCUUUUCAAUCAGUUAUGUCACUUGCUCUGAGACCUUGAAGUAGUAGUUCCCCUUGCUCUGCAAGGGCCAUGGCUUUUGUGGAGCGAUGGGUAACGAUGCUUCGUGGGUGUCAGUUGUUGAUGUGUGCAGAGGGUCCCUGGUUCACGCCCAGGUAUGGGCGAGGGGACGGACUAAAGCUAUACUGUUACAUUGAUGCUCUUGACCCGAAUCACUGGUUGCUGCGGAAAAGGAGGAGGUCAAAAGGGGCUGGAUGUGAAAUGGCUAGCUAGUUAGCGGUGGUGCGCGCGAAUAGCAUUUCAAUCGGUGACGUCACUUGCUCUGAGACCUUAAAGUAGUAGUUCCCCUUGCUCUGCAAGGGCCGCGGCUUUUGUGGAGCGAUGAGUAAUGAUGCUUCGUGGGUGACUGUUGUUGAUGUGUGCAGAGGGUCCCUGGUUCAAGCGAGGGGGACGGACUAAAGUUAUACUGUUACAUAAAGAAGGGCCAGAAGUAUACAGAACGGUGUCGUCUGCGUAGAGGUAGAUCAGAGACUCACCAGCAGCAAGAGCGACAUUAUUGAUGUAUACAGAGAAGAGAGUCGGCCCAAGAAUUGAACCCUGUGGCACCCCCAUAGAGACUGCCAGAGGUCCGGACAACAGGCCCUCCGAUUUGACACACUGAAAUCUAUCGGAGAAGUAGUUGGUGAAACAUGUGGUUUCCAUUUGUUUGAUACUGUUCCAUUUAUACCUGGGGUGGAUAUAAACCCUCCCCAGGUAUAAACCCUCAUCCCUUGAAUUACUUUUUACAUCGUAACAGCCAAAUAUCCCUUUCCCAAACAAGGGAGUGAUGAUCAGAGAGACAAAGUCCACUUUGCACAUGUUUGGUCCGUCUACUUGCCAUUGUUUUCAAAGACACCUUUCUGUCUGCAGUCCAAACACGUUAUUUUUUUACCCUCUCAGCCAAUUUCCCUUGGUGGAAUUCCCGGAUACAGUUUGAACGCCAUCUUAAGUGGAGGUCCAAUUCACGAACGUAAACCCCUAGGCCCUCGAUUAAAGUAGUAAAACAGAAAGCAAUAUUGACCUAUUACAAGUAAUUUCGGUACCAUUAGCUAAAUUAGACCUACCAGUGAACAGCUGAGAUGUCAAAGCACCAUCAGUGCAAAGUGAAAGCAACGGGGUGAUGUUGUUGUUGUUGAUGGCAUAUCAUCCGUUUGUAAUUCUGGCACCAUAAUGUUUCCAAUAACUUUCCUUUGAUUUGAACUGAAAAGAAACGCUAAAACUACCGAAAAACUAAAAUGCAUUUGGAGGUAUUCAUGGCUCUCCAGCAUACAUGGCCAAUGUAGCUGGCUGCUGUUGUUGCCAGAGCAACGGGACGGGUCCCCAUCCUUUGCCAAUCAGCGUUCGUUUCCUUCCUGCUCAUCGCGAGAGCUUUGUACUGUGUUUGAUUGAAGAGUUGCAGUGACCUCAUCCCUCCAGCAGCUGCUGCGACGAGGACCUCUUUUCCUGCAACUUUUUGUAUGAACUUCGAAGUUGAACAAUCGCAAAAGGAAGCAGACACUUGGAGUAAGCGGGAACAUCGCAUAAGAAAAGAUAAUAAUACUAUUUUGUUGACGCUUUCGUGAUGUAAAUCUAAAAAGUCGACUCGCACUUUUUAAAAUAUUUUUCGUGGCCAAACAUUGUGAUAGCAGUUUUCCCUGGAAUCUGUGUCUUACAACCGCGGAGGUGGGGAGAAGAAAGAUCAUCCUGAGAGACUGACACACACAGGGCAGGAGAAUGUACCAGACACUGACGCCUCUUAGUUCACAUUGCCCACCAGAGACCGAAGCAGCAUGCAGACCUGAGGAGAACCAACACUAGCUAGAACGUUCUUUCCCUCCUCCAGUCCUCCCAGCCACCAAUGUUCUGUGAGGCUCUCUAUCCUCUCCUCUCCCUGGGCAUAAUGAUCCAUCUCUACUGCUGAGCUCCACCUUACCCCACCUUACCCCCUAACCUCACCCCACCUUACCCCGUAACCUUACCCCUUACCCUGUAACCUUACCCUGUAACCUUACCCCCUGACCUUACCCCCUGACCUUACCCCCUGACCUUACCCCCUGACUCCGCCAUGACCAGUCUGAAGCGGUCUCAGACGGAGCGUUCGGUGGGCGGCUCGGUACCGGCCUCUGAUGAAUUCUACACCCGUCGCCUGCGCCUCCCCAAUGGUGGUGCCCCCCCACCCCGCUCUGAGAGCGCCCACCUCACCUCCUCUUCCUCGUCCGGCUCCUCUUCAUCCUCCACCCCGGGAGUUCCCAAGAUGGGGGUCAGGGCCCGCGUGGCAGACUGGCCCCCCAAAAGGGACGGAACGGGUGGAGUGUGGCACAUCACCGUAGAUACGGACUCUCCAAGUUCCACCAUGUCAUCUUCAGGUGGAGGAGAAUGCGGGUCGGGCGGAGAACGUGGGUCGGGUGGAGAAAGAGAACGAGAGCGGAGCUCGGGGUCGGGUUCAGGCUCAGGCUCGGCGCCCACGGCCCAUAGCAACCUGUCGGCUAAACUGGGCCACCUGAUCAGCCCUCAUGACUCCUCGAUGCUCCGGAACAUCCACAACACCCUGAAGAGCAAGAUGCACCACAGCAGACAUCACAGCAAAGACAACCGCUACCUGUCGCCAGACGGCUACCAGGGCUCGCCGCGUAAAGGCAUGAGGCGUAUCCGCCAGCGCUCCAACAGUGACAUCACGAUCUCUGAGCUGGAGGGUGACGGGGGCGAGGGCUGGUCCUUCUCCGGCUGGACGCCCAUGCACCGAGAGUACGGAAGCACCUCCUCCAUAGACAAACAUACGGGCUCAGGGGAGAGCUUCUUCGAUAUGCUCAAGGGUUAUACAACUCAGGAGGCUCCAGACCAGCGCAGCCCGGCACCGGACAGACUCAGGGAGCUGCUGACGGUCGCCCCGCACAAACAGGCUGCCUUAGAUCUGCCUGAUGGACCUCUGGGUACUGCCAGAGGUAGCCCCUCCAGUCGCCUGAAGGAAAGAGAGAAACAACUCAAGAGGAGAACCAAGUCGGAGACGGGCGGGGAGUCCAUCUUCCGGAAGCUUCGUAGCGUCAAGGCCGAGGGCGAAACUUCACGUGCCGGAUCAGACAUAGAAGACGGGGGGCGGGAGGACGGUAACAGCCCCAAACCCUGGACCUGUCAGAAGGGCUUCGCCCACUUUGACGUGCAGAGUAUCCUCUUUAACCUCAACGAGGCCAUCCAGGGACGACAGUCUGGUGGGAAACCCAAGAACACCACCACAGGAGCUUCUGCUGCCGCCGCCGCCGCCUCGGCCACUUCCUCCCUCUCGUCCAAUCAGAGCGGAGUAUACGGUGGGGGUGGGUCUCCGUGCGGGUCGCAGGAGGAGCUAAGUGGGAAGGAGGGGUGUCCGGGUACAGGAGGGGGACAUGGCACUAACCCUGCCCUGGAUCCUGGGGAUGACAAGAGCAAUGAACUGGUGCUGAACUGUCCCUGUUUCAGGAAUGAACUGGGAGGAGAGGGAGAGAGGACCAUCUGCCCUUCUAAACAGCAGGGUAGUAUAGGCAGUGGAGAGAGCUCUGGGGGGGGAGGUGGCUCAGAGGAGGGGCCCCUGGAGACCACUCUCCCCCACUUCACCAAUGCCGGGGUGGCCGUGUUGGAGGCCCCUAAAGAUGGACAGGGACAACACGCCGACAGGGCCAAACGAUCUGUAGAACACAGUGACCUGGGGUCCUACUACUACAGGAAAUACUUCUAUCUGAGGGAGCAUUGGAACUACCUGGGUGUAGAUGAGACUCUAGGUCCAGUUGCAGUGAGUCUGAGGAGAGAGAAACUAGAGGAACACAAGGAGCAUGGACAACAGUACAACUACAGAGUCAUCUUCAGAACCAGCGAGCUCACCACCCUGCGUGGGUCCAUUCUGGAAGAUGCUGUGCCCUCCACCUCUAAGCACGGCCUGGCUCGGGGUCUACCCCUCAAAGAGGUGCUAGAUUACCUGGUACCAGAGCUGACCGCCCACUGUCUCAGACUGGCUCUCAACACACCUAAAGUCACAGAGCAGCUGAUGAAGCUGGACGAACAGGGGUUGAGUUUCCAGUUGAAGGUGGGGGUGAUGUACUGUGCGUCGGGACAGAGCAGCGAAGAGGAUAUGUAUAACAAUGAUUCGGCAGGUCCUGCUCUGGAGGAGUUCCUUCAGCUGCUGGGGGAGAGGGUCCGACUGAAAGGAUUCACCAAGUACCGAGCCCAGCUGGACACCAAGACUGACUCAACAGGGACCCACUCCCUGUACACCACCUAUAAGGACUACGAGGUGAUGUUCCACGUGUCCACCAUGCUGCCCUACACACCCAACAACAAACAACAGCUCCUGAGGAAGCGUCACAUAGGAAAUGACAUAGUGACCAUCGUAUUCCAGGAGCCUGGGGCUCAACCCUUCACCCCCAAGAACAUACGCUCUCACUUCCAACACGUGUUCGUAGUGGUGAGAGCACAUCAACCCUGCUCUGACAACACCACUUACAGCGUGGCGGUCAGUCGUUCUCGUGACGUCCCGUCCUUCGGCCCUCCCAUCCCAGAGGGCGUGUCCUUCCCAAAGUCCUCCACAUUCCGGGACUUCCUUUUGGCCAAAGUCAUCAACGCAGAGAAUGCCGCCCACAAGUCUCACAAGUUCCGCGCCAUGGCGACACGGACACGUCAGGAGUACCUCAGAGACUUGGCAGAGCGCAACACCACGUCGACCCCCAUCGACCCGUCCGGGAAAUUCCCCUUCAUCUCAUUGGCUCACAAGAAGAAGGAGAAGAGUCGUCCGUAUGCGGGGGCGGAGCUUAGGAGCCUCGGCGCCGUCACGUGGGCGGUCCACGCAGAGGAUCAUGGAGCGGGAGGAGAGCUCGAAGCGCUAUUGGCUAUUUCCAACGACUUCCUCAUCCUAUUGGAUCAGGAGGCCAAGGCCGUGGUGUUUAACUGUGCUACUAAGGACGUGAUUGGCUGGACGCUGGGGAGUCCCGCCUCCAUGAGGAUCUUCUAUGAGAGAGGGGAGAGUGUGUCUUUGAGGUCUGUCAGUAACAACACAGAGGACUUCAGAGAGGUGGUGAAACGACUGGAGUACCUGACGAAGGGUUGUGAGACGUCUGAGAUGACACUACGUCGUAACGGGCUGGGCCAGCUGGGUUUCCAUGUCAAUUACGAGGGCAUUGUGGCAGAGGUGGAAUCGUACGGGUACGCCUGGCAGGCGGGGCUGAGGCAGGGCAGCCGAUUGGUCGAAAUCUGCAAGGUUGCCGUGGCGACUCUGACCCACGAGCAGAUGAUCGACCUGCUCAGGACGUCGGUCACCGUCAGGGUGGUCAUCAUACCCCCGCACGAAGACGCUACGCCACGCAGAGGUUGCUCUGAGCUCUACCGUAUCCCAGUGGUUGAGUAUAAGAGCAGUGGUGAGAGUGGUUCGUUUGACUACAAGUUCCCAUUCCGCAACAAAGACAACAAGUGGCAGAGAACCUCCAGUAGCCCCCAGCAGUCCCUGACGGCCUCCCCCCAGCCGCACACCCCCAACCGGGCCGUCAGCCUGGGGAGCUCUGGGGGGAAGACCCUGUCUGCUGAACGCCCAGAGAGAAACGCUGCUAUACCACGCAGUGUUAGUAGUGAUGGACGGCCACUGGAUACCAAGAGAAUGUCUCCAGGCAGUGAGAACUAUGCUCCGGUCUCCUCUCUGGCACUGGGCCGUUCUCCUCACAACCGAUCUUCCCUGUCCAACCUCUCCUUCUCCAGUGACACCUCGCAGCAUUGGAGGACUCAGAAGUCCAUGCCCGAGGGGUUUGGGGAACACAGACAACACUCCCCUCUGUCUACAGAGCGACAGGUGGUAGGAGAAGGCGGGGCUAGUGGCAAGUCCACACCUAAUUGGCCGAGAGUGGAGGAAGGGGGCGGGACCGACAGAGGUUCUACAGAUGCUCCUGUGUCCAAGUCUGGUCCUGGGUACUCCGGAGCACCACGCAUCCAGAGGCAGGAGCAGGUCAUGCACCACUCCCCCAAGAAGAGCUCCCAGCCUGAGGGUCCCUACUCCAGCAGUAACACCCUGUCCAGCACGGCCUCGAGCGGGGGCCACAGCGACACCGACAAGUGGUUCGACCUGGGGGGCCCCGGGGGACCAGGGGAGGCCCCUGACUCUGAACCCAACGGCCUGGGAGGGGGGUACCUCCAGGGGGCCUCAGCCGACAGCGGGAUAGACACCUCAUCCUAUGGAGGAGGGGGUGGGGGCCACUCACACCCCCACCAGGAGAGUUCUAGUUCCCUCUUGGCUCCUGGGGGUAGAGAGGGGAGGGAUAGAGCUCCAUCCCCCUGGCAUAGCCCCACCGAGGGGGGCAGGAGGGUCCUGGAGAGGUCCUCCCCGGCUGCAGAGAGCUCACAACCCCCAGGGGAGAGGGGGGAGAGAGGAGAAGGGGCGGCUAGGACUCCUCCAACAUGCCUACUGGUUGGAGAUGGCAGCUCGUACAGUCUGACUGAUGCAGGAUCCCACUCCAGUUCCAGAGGCCACUCCCCUCGUGAGGACUCUUCUUCCUCGGCCACCUCCCCUUGCUCCCAGACGUCAGUCUCCCCCAGCCCCAAGACCUUCUACCCCCGUCAGGGAGCCACCUCCCCUUGCUCCCAGACGUCGGUCUCCCCCAGCCCCAAGACCUUCUACCCCCGUCAGGGAGCCACCUCCAAGUACCUCAUUGGCUGGAGGAAGCCAGGAUCCACCAUCAACUCUGUCGACUUCGGAGACAACCGCAAGAAGUCUCCAGGGGAGGGAGGAGGAGGAAGUGGAGGCGAGGGGAGUGGCGGCGGAGGACGAGGGGGUCAGGAUGGGGGUAACAGCAGACCCCAUCACGCCCUCCAGCCACACCUCACCCACGCUAAGACCACCGCGGAGGACGACAUGAAGAGGCUGAGUCCAGACAGCCCUCCCAAACACAGACGACACAAGGUCAAGGUCAAGGUCAAGUCCUCGUCCUCAGGCCAGCCCCCUACCCGUCGGUCUCUCCACCGCACCCUGUCUGAUGAGAGUAUCUACCGGGGCCAGCGUGUCCCCUCUCUGAGGCUGGGGGACCUCGAACCAGACCCCAGCCUGGCUAGUGACGUGCUGUUCAGCUGCUCCACGUUGCCCCGUUCUCCCACCACCCGCGGGGUGCCCCUCAGACGACCUUCGUACAAACAGGGGAUCAAACUCCACGGGGAUCUGUCUGCGUCUGACACGUCAUUGGCUGAGAUGGUUGAGCGACAGCGCCACCCCCUUCCCCAGGAGCUGAUGCCCCUCCCCCCCUCUGAGAGCAGGGACAGCCCCCUGGACUGGACCCACCUGGUGGAUGUGGCCAAUACCUUCGAAAUCCAGAGAGGGUUUGUGUUCAGUGAUUCUAACCACAGAGGUAGUGGAGCCUCCAGCCCUCACCAGUCACAGCCCAGCCUGGAGAUACAGCCUGCCCCUCUGUCCAGACCCUCAUCCAGUGAGGGUCCAGCAGGUCUGGAGAGGAAUGUGACCAAGCUUGAAGCCGUGGUCAAGAUGCUACAGGAUGACCUGAAGAAGGAGCGUGAGGAGAAGCAGCGUCUCCAUCUGCAGAUCAAAAGGCUCUGGGAAGAUAACCAGCGGCUGCAGGAGGAGUCCCAGAGCUCUGCUGCCAAACUCAAGAAGUUCACAGAGUGGGUCUUCAACACCAUCGACAUGAACUGAGACAAACAGAGAAGGAGAGGAGGAGGGUUCUACCACAUUGACCAGAAGAGGAGGGGGAGGAAAAGGAGAAAGGAGAAGAGUAAAUGAAAAGAAAGAGGACCAGUCCCAAAAACAUUCCCCUUCUCCCUUGCACAAACGGAAGUACUGAUUCCACUCUCCAUGCCUCUUCCUUGUCCCUGGAAGUUCUUAUUUCACUCUCUGAAGUGCCAACUAAGGUUUCCUCUCUCAACUACCCACUGAAACUCAGGAUUAGCUAGAAGGACAGUCUUCUUCUGUUAAAUAAUGAAGGAUUCAUUUCAUACUGUGGGAUUUGAAGGGGAGCUGUGUGUGUAAUUGUGAUGGGCUCUCGGUACUGCCAGCUCAGAAGACUAGCGCUCCGUCCUCCUCCUCUCCUCCCUCACUGUCUGAGCUGACUUCACUCUGGAGGUGGUAGGAAGACUCCGACAUAAAGACAGACUUGUGUUUUACCCCAAUAGCCAGCCUCUCAGUGGCUGUACAGUACACCUCUUCGGCUAAGGCCUCAAAGCACAUAAGAGCACAGAGUAACAGGAGACUGUGGAAUCUCAUCUCUUCUUCUCCCUGUCUCCACUCUUCCUCCUCUGCAAAUUUGACUUGUCUGAUGCUACCUCUGUCUACACUACCCCAACAGACAGGCAGAUAGAUGGACGGAGGGAAGAGGCAGACAGACGGGAGGCAGACAGACAGACGGGAGGCAGACAGGCAGACGGGAGGCAGACAGGCAGACGGGAGGCAGACAGGCAGACGGGAGGCAGACAGGCAGACGGGAGGCAGACAGGCAGACGGGAGGCAGACAGGCAGACGGGAGGCAGACAGGCAGACGGGAGGCAGACAGGCAGACGGGAGGCAGACAGGCAGACGGGAGGCAGACAGGCAGACGGGAGGCAGACAGGCAGACGGGAGGCAGACAGGCAGACGGGAGGCAGACAGGCAGACGGGAGGCAGACAGGCAGACAGACAGCGGGGGGGAAGAGGCAGGCAGACACAGACAGACAGACAGCGGGAGGGAAGAGGCAGGCAGACACAGACAGACAGACAGCGGGAGGGAAGAGACAGACAGACAGCGGGAGGGAAGAGACAAGAAAACCAGCCCUGUGUUGCCAGCUGUUUUUUCUGUACAUUUAUAUUCCUCAAUCUACAGGGAACACAGAUCUGUAUGUAUUUCUGUAAGAACAAACACUUAGAGAGAAUGGAGACCCAUCUGUUCCUCACCUGUACAUAUCAACUAGCUAUCUGUGGUUUACUGUAUAGUCUGCAUUCUGACCAUCAACACAUUGUACCUGUACUGGUUUGGACCGGGGCAUUGAGAGGUACAUGGAGUCACUGUCAUUAGGCCAGGCGACAUCUGAAGGAGAACUUAACAAGAGUCAGUGUUUUUUUUUGUUGGUUUUGGUUGACAGACAUUCCUCUAUACUUCUCCCGUAGUGCCCCCUUACUAGUCUAGUUGGCCUGUAGUGUGUCACGAUCAAGCCUAUAUAGCUGGCAUACACAAGGCUACCAUACACACACUCUUACCCCACUACCAUACACACACUCUUACCCCACAACCAUACACACGCUCUUACCCCACACACACCUCUACCCCAUAACCAUACACACACUCUUACCUCAUAACCAUACACACACUCUUACCCCACACACACCUCUACCCCAUAACCAUACACACACUCUUACCCCACAACCAUACACACACUCUUACCCCACACACACCUCUACCCCACAACCAUACACACACUCUUACCCCACAACCAUACACACACACUUACCCCACACACACCUCUACCCCACAACCAUACACACCCUCUUACCCCACACACACUCUUACCACACAACCCCACACACACUCUUACCCCACAACCACGCCUCCACUGAAACCUCUGCCAUGUUAAAUCCUACAACUAAUUACAGAUGCUUGUGACACUUUGACCAAAGACCUGACAGCAAAAGAACUGUACUGUUUAGCCAGGACCGCUUCAAAACAACAAGCCAUCAUUAUCAAGGACUCCAGGAUCACAUGACAUGGGUGAAAUCAGGAGCAUAUUGGUGAUGAGGAACCGUGUAGGUCUUAAAAGCAAUAGCAAAGGAGUUACAACCAAACUUGGUCUCAGAGGAAAGAUCUGAAGUGGAAACAUGGCAUCAUAAGGUUUGAGGCAGCCGUCUUAAAGGAGAAUUCCACCCAAAAUGCAGCUUCAUAAAAUGCCUCAUAACGGCUGUAUGUCUUUAUUUUGCUACAUUUCUAUAUAUUGGAUUGUUGACAUACAAAACAUUUUGGGACUAUAUCAACAGUGGACUAAUGAAACAAAUACCACAAGAGUUGGGUCCUUUUUUUGGUUGGGGGGCGUGUAAGUUUCCUUUAACUUCUCUAAAAGCAAUGGGACAUCUCCUGCCUUUGGUAACGAGACGCUGAAGAGAAGGAAAGAAAGACAGAUGUUUUCUCUUCUCCAUCUCAAGGAAUGUUAAUUCUGUGAAAACUUUUAAAAUUCCGGUCGACGAGUCAUUUUAAUCGGGGUGGGG